GGCCCUCUCUCUCUCUCUCUCGCAAUGUCAGCAACAGCAGCGGCUGCAUUCCAUUCUUCCCUGCGCAUGUCUUCCCAGCAGCAGCCAAACAUCCCCCUUUCAGCAAAACCCAAGACCAAAACCCCCCUCCAAGACCACCCUCUGUAUCCCCAAGCCCACACCCACCUCUCCCUCCAAUUCAAAGAAAAGGUCCUCUGCCUUGAGGUACUGGGUGUGGACUCCGGCAGGGCACUGUCCCAAAACCCUGCCCUCCAAACAGCCUCCCUCAAUUCCAUUAACUCCAUCAUCUCCUUCCUCCACUCCAAGGGCAUCCACCAAAAGGACCUGGGCAAGAUCUUAGGGAUGUGCCCCAAAAUCCUCACCUCCAACAUCAGAACUGACCUAAACCCAGUAUUCAAGUUCCUCUCAGAGGACCUCAGUGUCCCACAACACAGCUUCAGAAGGGUCAUCAACAAGUGCCCUAGGCUCUUGGCUUCCAGUGUGAGAGACCAGCUAAAGCCUGCCCUGUUUUAUCUCCAGAGGCUUGGGUUUCAGGAUUUGGGGGCCUUGGCUUACCAAGACUCAAUUUUGUUGGUCUCCAAUGUGGAGAAGACCUUGAUUCCUAAGUUGAAGUAUUUGGAGGGCUUGGGGUUCUCCAGAAGUGAGGCUGUUGGGAUGGUCUUGAGGUGCCCUGGGCUGUUUACUUACAGUGUAGAGAAUAAUUUUAAGCCCAAGUUUGAGUACUUUGGAGAGGAGAUGAAGGGGAGUUUGGAGGAGCUGAAGGAGUUUCCACAGUACUUUUCUUUCAGUUUGGAGAAAAGGAUAAAGCCCAGGCACAUUGCAACCUUGAAGAGUGGAGUAACGGUGCCUUUGCCUGCUAUGCUUAAGAGCACUGAUGAGGAGUUUAUGGAGUUGAUAAGGCAAGGGGGUGGAUGAACCUGUAAAAUUAAGUACCUCCAAUCUUUAAACUUGGUUGCUUUUCAAGCUGAAACGGAGUCACAAUUCACACAGACCCUAAUUCCUCCACUAGCUAGAGAAGGAAUCCUGAGUGAUUAAUGCAGCCCAAGCAUCCUACAACCAUAUGGCAUAUUCAUAUCAGAAAGCAUUACAAUUUUUUCCAACAAAUCUACUUCCUUCAUUAUUGGCUUUGGUUUCUUAAAGGAUUUCAUUCAUUUCCUACUGGCUCGUUCUUUCUGCAAAAAUCUCAACUUGAUCAUGCAAGAGUUAAAAUAUACCUGAAGGAUGGAAAAUGCCUUCUCUGCAAUGUAUUUUUGUGGUUGUGUUGCACCCCUUUGUUGCAGUUUGUCUGGGUGGAGACAAAGUCGUGCUCUCUGAUAGGCCUUUUUCACAUGCGAGUUUUCUACAAGGUUUGUAAAAGGCACUGGGUACCAGCCACUACUAGGCCACAGAAUCUGAAUUUGAUGCCAAUGGGAGAGUUAUUACCAAUCCCAUAAUAUGCACUACAAAUCAGAAAAGGAAUCGGAUGCAUAAGAAUAUUGCAACAAUCGGUGAAAGUCUUACAUGAUGUAGUGUUGAGAGGAGCAAUCGGAUGUCCAUUUCCUUGCCAGUAGACCACAAUCUUAUAUCUUCAUCCAAUAGUUCCAAUUCUUUCUGCAACUUCAGUAAAAGAAAGAAUGUAGUUAUAGCUAGCACUCAGAUGUUGAGUAAAAUGUCCAAUUAAGGUGGGAAAAAUGGCAACUGUCUUGCAGUCACCACAACAUUGAUCCUAUGAUUUUUUUUAUUUUUUAUUUAUUGUUUUUGUUGUUUGAGUGCAAGUAUAUAUGCUUAUUAUU